GGGCUGCCCCGAGGCCCCGCCCCUCGGUGCGGCUGGCGCGCCGGCGGCUGCCCCGGGUCUCCGGGCAAACUUGCCUCAGCCAGGCGGGGAGCGGAGCUUCCUCCCUGCCGGUCCUUCCGCCCCCUGCCUCCGCGGCUCCGAGGCGAGCGAGGGGGCGAGCGGAAGGUGCGCGGAAGCCCAGAGCCGCGACGUGGCCGGCGGGAGCUGCGGCAGUCGGGGUCGCCGGCGCGGGCCAUGUCGCUGUGGGGGGAGCCGCUGCAGGCCCCGCCGCCCCCGGCCUCGCAGCCGCUUCUCGCCGCGCCCUCGGGGCCGCCGUUGGCUCCUCUGGCCGGCGCGACCCUCAACCGCCUGCGGGAGCCGCUGCUGCGGAGGCUCAGCGAGAGCCUGGACCGGGCGCCCGAGGGCCGGGGCUGGAGGAGGCUGGCCGAGGUGGCGGGCAGUCGGGGGCGCCUGCGGCUCAGCUGUCUGGACCUGGAGCAGUGUUCACUUAAAGUACUGGAGCCUGAAGGAAGCCCGAGCCUGUGUUUACUGAAGCUAAUGGGUGAAAAAGGCUGCACGGUCACAGACUUGAGCGACUUCCUGCAGGCUAUGGAACACACUGAAGUCCUCCAGCUUCUCAGUCCUCCAGGAAUAAAGAUCACUGUAAACCCAGAAUCAAAGGCAGUCUUGGCUGGACAGUUUGUGAAACUGUGUUGCCGGGCAACUGGACAUCCUUUUGUACAAUAUCAAUGGUUCAAAAUGAAUAAAGAGAUUCCAUACGGAAAUGCCUCAGAACUUAUUUUUAACACAGUGCAGGUAAAAGAUGCAGGCUUUUAUGUCUGUCGCGUUAAUAAUAAUUUCACCUUUGAAUUCAGCCGGUGGUCACAGCUGGAUGUUUGUGACAUCGCAGAAGUAACAGAAAGCUCUCAGAGAAGUGUGGAUGGCGUCUCUGAGUCCAAGUUGCAGAUCUGUGUUGAGCCAAGGUCCCAAAAGCUGCUGCCGGGCAGCACGUUGAUUCUGCAGUGUGUUGCUGUGGGAAGCCCUAUUCCUCACUACCAGUGGUUCAAAAAUGAGUCACCCUUAACACAUGAGACAAAAAAGCUCUACAUGGUGCCCUAUGUGGAUUUGGAACAUCAGGGAACCUAUUGGUGUCGUGUGUAUAAUGAACGAGACAGUCAAGAUAGCAAGAGGGCAGAAGUCAUCAUAGGAAGAACAGAUGAGGCAGUGGAGUGCACUGAAGAUGAAUUAAAUAAUCUUGGGCAUCCUGAUAAUAAAGAUCAAACAACUGACCAAACUUUGGCAAAAGACAAGGUUGCUCUUUUGAUAGGAAACAUGAAUUACAGGGAGCACCCUAAGCUGAAAGCUCCUUUGGUGGAUGUGUAUGAAUUGACCAACUUACUAAGGCAGCUGGAUUUCAAAGUGGUUUCCCUGCUGGAUCUUACUGAAUAUGAGAUGCGUAAUGCUGUGGACGAAUUCUUGCUGCUCCUAGACAAAGGAGUGUACGGGUUAUUAUAUUAUGCAGGACAUGGUUAUGAAAACUUUGGGAACAGCUUUAUGGUCCCUGUUGAUGCACCAAAUCCAUAUAGGUCUGAAAAUUGUCUGUGUGUACAGAAUAUACUGAAGUUAAUGCAAGAAAAGGAAACUGGGCUCAAUGUGUUCUUGUUGGAUAUGUGUAGGAAAAGAAACGACUACGAUGAUACCAUCCCGAUCCUGGACGCACUGAAAGUCACUGCCAACAUUGUGUUUGGAUAUGCCACGUGUCAAGGAGCAGAAGCUUUUGAAAUCCAGCAUUCUGGAUUGGCAAAUGGAAUCUUCAUGAAAUUUUUAAAAGAUAGAUUAUUAGAAGACAAGAAAAUUACUGUGUUACUGGAUGAAGUUGCAGAAGAUAUGGGUAAAUGUCACCUCACGAGAGGCAAGCAGGCUCUGGAGAUUCGAAGCAGCCUGUCUGAAAAGAGGGCCCUGACCGACCCGAUCCAGGGGGCGGCGUGCUCUGCAGAGUCUCUGGUGCGGAAUCUGCAAUGGGCCAAGGCUCAUGAACUUCCAGAAAGUAUGUGUCUUAAAUUUCAGUGUGGUGUUCAGAUUCAGUUGGGAUUUGCAGCAGAGUUUUCCAAUGUCAUGAUAAUCUACACAAGUAUAGUCCACAAACCACCUGAGAUCAUCAUGUGCGAUGCCUAUGUCACCGAUUUUCCACUUGACCUAGAUAUUGACCCAAAAGAUGCAAAUAAAGGAACACCUGAAGAGACGGGCAGCUACUUGGUGUCCAAGGACCUUCCCAAGCAGUGCCUCUACACCAGGCUCAGCUCACUGCAAAAGCUAAAGGAGCAGCUCAUCUUCACAGUGUGUCUAUCGUAUCAGUACUCGGGACUGGAGGACACCGUGGAGGAGAAGCAGGAGGUGAACGUUGGGAAGCCUCUUAUCGCUAAGUUAGACAUGCACCGAGACUUGGGGAGGAAGACGCGCUUUCAGACGUGUCUCACGUCCAGCAGCCCGUACCAGAGCUCUGCAGCCACCUCGGGGGCAGUGGGACACUACCGCUCCUCUCAGGACUCGUUCCACGGUGUCUACCAUUCACAGCUCAGCACCUCGGGCCCCAUCCUUCCUGCAGAUGGCUGUCACUGCAGCCGGACUCAAGAUGCUUUUAUUUCGAGUUACCACACCCACCAUUAUUCUUGCCAGUUCAGUAGAAGCAACGUGCCAGUAGAGACCACUGAUGAGAUGCCAUUCAGUUUCUCCGAUAGGCUCAGGAUUUCUGAAAAGUAACCCUGUGUUUUUGAAAGCACAAUGGCUAGAUGCCUCCUCUGAAGUAGUCUUUAUAGGAAGUAAGGCAUUGUGGAGAGGCAGAUGUGUGACUAUGGAGAGAAAACUAGUAACAACUGUUUCUCACCAGACUUAGGACUUUGAGAUGUUGGAAUCAUAACUAACCACAGACUCCCUUUUGUUCCUCUCAACGCUUUUGUGAAUUGGCUGAUAGGUUCUGUAAGAAUGAAGAAUGUGUGAGUGUGUGUGUGUGUGUGUAACAAAAAACAGUUUUGUUUCAGUCACUCUGAAGAGGGAGAGGUGGGAAUGUCAUUCUGAAUAACGUGGUAUAUUUUUAGCACCAGAAAGAACCUUGCUGAUUAAAUCUCAGCCUGAUUUUUUUUUUUUUGUUUUCACAAUGGUAGAAACAGAUGAGACAUCUUGUCUGAGUUAGAGCUGGCACCACGGCUGGCACUCCAGCAUAUCUGUAUAUCUGUACAUCUGUAUAUAACCUUGAGGAAUGAAUACUUUAGUUUGUGACUGGGACUUUGCUGCAAGUGUCAGUUACAAGGUUUGUAUAUAAAUUUUUAUGUGGAACAGUCUGAAGUUUCGUGCAUAAGUUCAUGAAACCACAUUAGCAGUGGUAAAGCAUUUGUCUGUGAAAGGGACAAAUAAGAGAAAGUUUAAAGAGUAAUUUAGACAGUGGAGGUCAAGCCUUGAGAAGGAAUUGGAUAAUUAUCUGACUCCUCCCAAUCUGCAAGUGCCGCCCUUGAUGAACCUAUUUCUGCUUGAGUUUUACCAGCCUCACAGAUAAUAUCUGCAUCGUUCCGAUUCUCCCUAAAAGCAGGUUUACAAAGGCAACUGGCAGUAACAAGGAAACGUUGAAUUUGCAGUUUUUAAAGUAUCACAGAGAAAACCCAGGUCCAAAUGACUUCCUUGCUGAAUGCUCCAAACAUUAAAAUCAGCCCAAAUUCUUCACAGACUUCCAAAAACAGAAGAGGCAUCCCAGAAUCACCCUGACUCAAAACCAGAGAGAGCUGUCACAAGAAAACUACAGAUAAAUAUCCCUUAGGAAUAUAAACACAAAAAUCACCAACAGCAUAUGGGCAAAUACAAACAGUAUUGGGGCCGGCGCUGUGGUGCAGCAGGUUAAUGUCCUGGCCUGAAGCACCAGCAUCCCAUAUGGGCGCUGGUUCAAGUCCUGGCUGCUCUACUUCCAAUCCAGCUCUCUGCUAUGGCCUGGGAAAGCAGUGGAAGAUGGCCCAAGUUCUUGGGCCCCUACACCCACUUGGGAGACUCAGAAGAAAUUCCUGGCUCCUGGCUUUGGAUAGGUGCAGCUCCAGCCAUUGUGGCCAGUUGUGGCCAUCUGGGGAGUGAACCAGCGGAUGGAAGACAUUUCUCUCUUUCUGCCUCUCCUCUCUCUGUGUAACUCUUUCAAAUAAAUAAAUCUUAUUAUA